UAUAUAAUAUAGAUGAUACCUUUAAAAUACUCUUUUCUCUCUUCAUUAUCUUAGAUUUACAUGAUUCAUAGAAUCCAUGCAUUUAAGUAUCUGAAGAUGAAAAUUGUGACCAUUGAAGCCAAUGGCAUUGGAGCAAGUUUUGUCGGAUCGGGACAGUGAAGAUGAAGUUGAUGAUGAUGUUGCAGAUUUUGAAGAUAGACGGAUGCUAGAUGAUUUUGUGGAUGUUACUAAAGACGAAAAGCAAAUGAUGCAUCUCUGGAACUCAUUUGUGAGAAAGCAACGGGUACUGGCAGAUGGUCAUAUUCCUUGGGCAUGCGAAGCAUUUUCAGAAUUGCAUGGUCAAGAUCUUGUCCGGGCGCCAGCCCUUCUUUGGUGCUGGAGAUUAUUUAUGAUCAAAUUAUGGAAUCAUGGUCUCCUUGAUGCGCGAACCCUGAACAAUUGUAAUAGAAUACUUGAACGAUGCCAGAGCCAAGACAUGGAUAUUGUGAGAAGCUAAAGAGGGUGUCCCUAUUCUGGUACCCCCUCCGAAUAUGGUUCCGUACCUGAAGUUACAGCUCAAUCGGGAUUAAUUACAAUUCAAUUAGAGUCAUGUUACGAUUGACAUUUAGUUACAUUUUAAUUGUGGUCAAUUUAUGACUCACAAAAGUGGGGAUCGAUUCUGAACGAUUUUAUUUUGUCAUAAUCUUAUUUGGUUUAAUUAUAACUUAACCUGGCCGAUAUUGAAAAUUAAUCAUUCGGGCCGACACUAGUGAUGCAAAGUUGACUAAUUUUGUCAAAAAGGCAUGUAACUCCUCUGUAUGGGUUGACAAAGUGGUCAAACUUGGUAUAGAGUGUAAAUUCAUACGAUCUUUCAAGCUGCUAAAAAAAUGAGUUUAAUUUGUUCUCGUGGUUUCUAG